AUGCUGAGGGCCUGUGAAGAAGGCAAGGGAGCCAGUUGCCUCUCUGCUGCCCUGCUUGCUGCUGCCAGUGAGCUCCAAGGCUCCAUCAGGGCAUUUUCUCUUUCCAGGUUGGAGUGGAGUACUCUGAUCCCUGCAUGGCUCCGACAUCGGCAGUUAGGGUUGCACACGAAAGGCCAACACUUUAUGCUAGAGGAUUCCAUCUUCUGGAUCUUUGGGGGCUCCAUACACUAUUUCCGUGUGCCUCGGGAAUACUGGAGGGAUCGAUUGCUCAAGAUGAGAGCCUGUGGCUUGAAUACCCUCACCACCUAUGUCCCAUGGAACCUCCAUGAGCCAGAAAGAGGCAAAUUCAACUUCUCUGGGAAUCUGGACUUAGAGGCCUUUGUCCUGAUGGCUGCAGAAAUUGGGCUGUGGGUGAUUCUGCGUCCAGGCCCUUACAUCUGCAGUGAGAUUGACCUUGGAGGCUUACCCAGCUGGCUACUCCAGGACUCUGGCAUGAAACUGAGAACAACUUACAAGGGCUUCACUGAGGCAGUGGACCUUUACUUUGAUCACCUAAUGUCCAGGGUGGUGCCCCUCCAGUAUAAGCAUGGAGGACCCAUCAUUGCUGUGCAAGUAGAGAAUGAAUAUGGUUCCUAUGACAGAGAUCCUGCUUACAUGCCUUACAUCAGGAAGGCCUUAGAGGACCGUGGUAUCAUAGAACUGCUCUUGACUUCAGACAACAAGGAUGGCCUAAAGAAGGGAAUGGUCCAUGGAGUACUGGCCACCAUCAACUUACAGACACGAGAGGAGCUGCAGUUAAUGAACACUUUUCUCGUGAGUGUCCAGGGGAUUCAGCCUAAGAUGGUGAUGGAGUACUGGACAGGGUGGUUUGACUCAUGGGGAGGCCCACACAAUAUCCUGGAUUCCUCUGAAGUUCUGGAAACAGUGACCUCCAUCGUGGAUGCUGGCUCAUCCGUCAACCUCUACAUGUUCCAUGGAGGCACCAAUUUUGGCUUUAUAAAUGGAGCCAUGCAUUUUCAUGAAUAUAAGUCUGAUGUCACUAGCUAUGACUAUGAUGCUGUGCUGACAGAAGCUGGAGAUUAUACAGCCAAAUAUUCAAAGCUUCGAGAAUUUUUCGGCUCCUUCUCAGAUGCCCCUCUACCUCCCCCUCCUAAACCUCUUCCCAAGAUGACCUAUGAGCCAUUGAUACCGGUUGUCUACCUAUCACUGUGGGAUGUCCUCAGUUUCAUAGGGGAGCCAAUCAAGUCUGAAAAGCCCAUCAACAUGGAGAACCUGCCAGUAAAUGAAGGGAAUGGACAGGCCUUUGGGUACAUUCUGUAUGAGACCAUCAUCACCUCAUCUGGCACCCUUAGUGGUGUUGUACGUGAUCGGGGACAGGUAUUUUUGGACACAGUAUCCAUAGGAUUCAUGGACUAUAAAACAACGAAGAUUGUUAUCCCCUUGAUUCAGGGUUACACCUUUCUGAGGAUCUUGGUGGAGAAUCGUGGGCGAGUCAACUACGGGAAUAAUAUUGAUGAUCAGCGCAAAGGCAUAAUUGGAAAUCUCUAUCUGAAUGAUUCUCCCUUGAAAAAAUUCAGAAUCUACAGCUUAGACAUGAAAAAGAGCUUCUUUCAGAGGUUCAGCAUUGACAAAUGGACUCAUAUCCCUGAUGUACCUACAUUCCCUGCUUUCUUCUUCUGUGGCUUUGUAAUUGGCUCUUCCCCUUCUGACACAUUUCUGAAACUGGAGGGCUGGGAGAAGGGAGUUAUAUUCGUCAAUGGCCAAAACCUUGGACGUUACUGGAACAUUGGACCCCAGGAGACCCUCUACCUACCAGGUCCUUGGCUGUUCAGAGGAAACAACCAGAUCAUCAUUUUUGAGGAGGUGAUGGCAGGCUCUGUGAUACAGUUUACUGACACCCCUUACCUGGGCAGAAACCAGUACAUUCACUAA